AUGUACUUCUUCCUUCUCAGCCUCUCCCUCCUCGACGUUGGCUCCAUCUCCACCACUGUCCCCAAAUCCAUGGCCAACAUCCUGUGGAAUACCAGGGCCAUUUCCUACUUAGGGUGUGCUGCCCAGGUCUUUCUUUUUGUCUUCCUGAUAACAGCAGAGUAUUUUCUUCUCACAGUCAUGGCCUAUGACCGCUAUGUUGCCAUCUGCAGACCGCUGCACUACAGCACCCUCAUGGACAGCAGAGCCUGUGUCAAAAUGGCAGCAGCUGCCUGGGCCAGUGGUUUUCUCAAUGCUCUCCUGCACACUGCUAACACAUUUUCAAUACCACUCUGCCAGGGCAAUGUCGUGGAGCAGUUCUUCUGUGAAAUCCCCCAAAUCCUCAAGCUCUCCUGCUCAGACUCCUACCUCAGGGAAGUUGGGGUUCUUGUACUUAGUGCCUGUUUACUCUUUGGUUGUUUUGUUUUCAUUGUGGUGUCCUACGUGCAGAUCUUCACCGCUGUGCUGAGGGCCGGCACAAAGCCUUUUCCAUGUGCCUCCCGCACCUGGUCAUGGUCUUUGUGA